UUACAUCACCAUUUCAUGGCAGGCGUUUGACGCAUUUGUUAAAAUUUCGACUUUUCGUGACAGCACGUCAUUUUCGACAUUUGAUUGAUAAUUUUCUAAAGAUCCAUCAAAUUAGUUUGUUUGAAAGUUAGUUUAGGUUCGAAAUGUUAACAUUUCAUUAGCUUUAUAGUUUUAUUACGAUGUGAUAUAGUGGGUACCAUUUUAGGUUGUAUCUAGGUAGUCCAUAAUGACUGCCCAAAAGUGUGUAGUGGAAGGUUGCAACUUGGAGUACGACGUUGUUUGCAGCUUUUCCUUCUACAAUGUAAACACAGGUUCGGAUAGCGAGCCGAUCCGGCAAGAAUGGAUCGAGGGUGCUAUGCAGGAGGAGAGCGAGUGUUUAUGGCGCCAUGUCAGUCUGCAGCUGUGCGGGUAUCACUUCGAGCUGGACGCACAAGGCCUAUGGAUCGACUCCCCCAUGUUGCCAGAGCUCCUAACUCUUCAGGAGCAGGUGGCUCCCAUCACACAGACCCCCCAAGACAAGAGAGGCCGGGACCCGUCUGGCGGCUACCAAGGCCUAUUCGAACGAUUCGUAGGCGGGAACUCUAAAGCCGCUGACAUAAUCCGGAUGGAACAUAACUACAGCGAGGAGCCUCCGAAGCAUGACCCUCCGGAGAACGUCUCCAGGCUGAAUGUUCGCCAGCUGGUUGACACACUUGGAUAUUUAUCUCUAAAGAACCUGCAACGCAAGCAGCUGUGGGUAGUCAAAGUGGAGACAGACAAGGCUGAGGCUUCCAUCACACAAGCGGAGCAGGUGAUAGCCAAGAUGCAAGACCCCAAGCAGAUCAUAGAGAUCAUACCACAGCCGCAGACGGAAGACCAACCAGUCCAGAACGAAGUCAGCAUCAUGGAGGACUCGACCAUCUCCGACAACUUCAUCUACGAGAUAGCCGAAGAACAGGAAAUCACUAUGGACGAGGUGAAAGAGAUCCCAGCAGACACCAACAAGGAGUGGAUGGUGAACAUAGUGCCUGAGGAUAACAAGCCUAAAUACGCGUACAUCAAGCACUGCACCACUGGCAAGAAGAAAAGACACUUCACCGCGGAAAUGAACGAAAUUACAUUGCAAGGCGACUACGAAAACUACUACAUCCUCCCGGAUGCGGAUCCGUCCGUGGGUGUCGAGAUCACCACCAGCUAUGAACCGGACAACUACAUAGUCGAGGAGUACGAGCACUUGGUGCUUGAGGAGAGGCCCCGGAAACGCAAGGACACGCCCGGGGAGAGUGGGAGGAAGAAGAAAAAGCGACUCAGCUCUUCUAUGAGGGAACAGCAGAUAAAAACGGAAAUCGCCGAGGACUGGGUGAUAGACAACAGCAUAGUGUACGAGCAGGAGGAAGAGUACGACGAGAGGAAGGGGUCGCCGCGCGUCCGACGGAAAAAUAAGAAAUAUCUCGGGUACGAUUUCGUUACGUAA